AUGUCGAACGAUAGCUCGGACAUCAAAAUCGGUAACUACCUGCUGGAGCGACUUGUCCAACUGGACUCGCUCAGCGUCCAGGGAGUGCCCGGAGACUUCAACAUGGGCCUGCUCGAUCUGAUCGAAGACCAUCCUUCGCUCACCUGGAUCGGCAACUCGAACGAGCUCAACGCAGCCUACGCAGCUGACGGCUACGCUCGCAUCAAACACACCAUCGCCGCCGUCGUCACCACGUUUGGUGUCGGAGAACUGAGCGCGCUCAACGGUAUCGCCGGAAGCUUUUCCGAGCGUCUUCCCGUGAUCCACGUCGUCGGUGUUCCCUCCACUGCUGCCCAGGGCUCGCAUUCACUGCUGCACCACACCUUGGGCGAUGGGAGGUUCUCGGCGUUCGAGAACAUGUCGAAGGAGAUUUCAGCGGACAGUGCGAUCCUCAAACACAAGGAAGGUGCGGGCGAAGCCAUCGAUCGGAUUCUGGUCAAGGCCAUGAAAGCUGCCAGGCCCGUCUACCUCGCACUCCCCACCGACCUCGUCCACGCCACUAUCCCUUCGGCUGCGCUCAAGACUCCUCUGAACUACGACGCGGAAGAGAACGACCCUGACGCGGAAAAGUAUGUUCUCGGCGUAGCCGAACAACACAUCUCUUCGGCCUCAUCGGCAGUCAUCCUCGUCGACGCAUGUGCAGCCCGUCACGGCUGCAUCGACGAAACUAACGAACUCGUCAACAAGUCGGGCCUUCCCGUGUUCGCUACACCCAUGGGUAAAACGAUCGUUGACGAGGACCACCCACAGUACGGCGGGAUCUACGUCGGAAGCCUUACCAGCGACUUGGUCAAGGAAGUGGUUGAAGGCGCGGACGUCCUGAUCACCAUCGGAAGCCUGAAGUCGGACUUCAACACGGGAAACUUUAGCUACCGAACGCCCAAAUCGAGCACCAUCGAGCUGCAUUCCGACUACACCAAGAUCGGUUACUCUCACUACCCGGACAUCGGCAUGAAGAGACUUCUUCCGAAGCUCUCUGCACUUCUCGAAGCGAACGGCAACAAACGACGAGAGGAGACCAAGAAGAUCGUCCCCAAGUUCGAAAACGUUCUUCCCAAAGACUCGUCCUCCACCAUCACCCAGGAAUGGUUCUGGCCUCGUUUGGGUCAGUUCUUCGCACCCAACGAUCAGAUCAUCGUCGAAACGGGAACCUCCUCGUUCGGGAUGCUGGAGGCUAAGCUUCCGCGCUCCUCCAAAUGGGUCUCGCAAGUCCUCUGGGGAUCCAUCGGGUGGUCCGUCGGAGCUGCCCUUGGCGUAGCUCUCGGUGCUCGCGAAUCCAAGUUCGGUCGAACCCACCUGUUCGUCGGAGACGGAUCGCUGCAACUCACAGCUCAAGAGAUCGGCACCAUGAUGAAACACUCGCUCUGCCCUUACCUCUUCAUCCUGAACAACGACGGCUACGAGAUCGAACGUCAGAUCCACGGUCCGCAGCGUAGCUACAACGACAUCCCACCGUGGGAUCUCAGCAAGGCGUUGGACUUUAUGGGCAACGACAAGGCCAACAAGGAUGCGGAGAGUCACAAGAAGGAUAGCAAGUUGAGCAGGAAGCAGUACGUCAGGGUCGAGACCAAGGAGGAGCUGGAUGCGUUGUUGAAGAGCGAGGAGUUUGGGAAGGCGGACAGGAUCAGGUUGAUCGAGGUGGUGAUGAAGAGGGGUGAUGCGCCGAAGGCGUUGAAGCGGCAGGCGGAGGCAACGGGCCAGGCGAACAAGUACGAGUGA